AUGGACGCAAACAGAGAUAUAACUCUAAGAAAAGCAAAACGUCAAGAAGCUCCAUCUAAAUCAACAAACUUAUCUGACAGUUUGUAUGAAUGUGCAGAAGGAACAGAAGGAAUUAACAAGGGAACACCAUACGAUUUGAUUCCAAUACGUCGCUGGAUGCGUGAACAUUACACAAAGUUGACAAGAAACAGAGCAAGAUGCAAUCAUUGUAAUGAAAAAUUUGAUAUACAUCUUAACCGCUUAUGUACUUUACAUAAGCACUUGGUAGAGGCACAUCCAGACAAAUUAACAGAAGGAGAGAAGAAUGAAGUGAAAUUCAAUUGGACUUGGGACUAUUAUAUCGCAAAAAGCGGUACAGAAGCAUUAUGUAAACUAUGUAAAGUAAUAGUUAGAUACAAGAAUGUAACUCAGUUAAAAAAUCAUUUAAAAAGAAAUCACGAGAUUUCAGGUCCAACUUCAGAUAAUGUAAUAGAUAACGAAAACAAUUCAGAUGAUGGCAUGGAUGCAAACAAAGAUGUAGAAGGUGCAGAGGGAACAGAAGCAAUUAACGAGUAA